AUGGUUUGGGGAUUGUAUGGGGCGCUGGGGAUGUGCAUUGCCCGUCACGUUCAGAAGCACCACCGCCUCAUCGCCGUCAUUGAGAGCCUGGACAAUGGCAAGGCCGUCCGCGAGACCCGCGAUGCUGAUCAUGCCGUCGUGACACGCUGGCUCUACCACUAUGCCGGCUGGGCCCAACUCCUUGAAACAGAGCUCCCCCAGUGGACCUCCUGCGGUGUCGUUGCUGGCAUUGUGGCCUGGAACUUUCCUCUCAUGCUCCUCGUUUGGAAGGUGGCACCUGCCCUGGCAGCUGGUAACACCAUCGUCAUGAAGCCUGCCACCAACACGCGCCUGUCGGCCCUGCUCUUCGCCGAGAUCUGUGCCGAAGCCGGCUUACCUCCGGGUGUUUUCAAUGUGCUGACUGGCGGCGGCCGCAUGGGCUCACAAAUGGCUGAGCAUGUGGAUGUGGACAAGGUUGGCUUCACGGGCAGCACCGACAUUGGUCGUCUGCUUCGUCGCUCCACUGCUGGAACUGGCAAGAAGAUCUCCUUGGAGCUGGGUGGCAAGUCACCUAUUGUCGUCUUUGACGACGCGGAUCUUGACUCUACCGUUGAGGGCGUUGUCGAUGCCAUCUGGUUCAACCAGGGCCAGGUCUGCAGUGCCGGCUCCCGCAUUCUCGUGCAGGAGACCGUCUAUGAGGAAUUUGUCCGUCGCGUGAAGGCCCGCAUGCAGCACCUUCGCCUGGGCGAUUCCCUCGACAAGUGCAUUGACAUGGGUGCCGUUGUCGACGAGAAACAGCGUGAUAGCAUCGCGGCCUACGUUGAGAUUGCUCGCCAAGAGGGCUGCGAGGUCUACCAGGCUGCGGCGUGCAUGCCUGCCACCGGCUGCUUCUACCCCCCUACUCUCAUCACCAACGUUGACCAAGCCUCGCGCGUGGUGCAGGAGGAGAUCUUCGGUCCCGUUGUGACGGCUCAGGCCUUCCGCACUGCCAAGGAGGCAGUCGCACUGGCCAACAACACCAGCUUUGGCCUGGGUGCCAGCGUGUGGACCGAAAACCUCUCCAUGGCUCUGGAGGUGGCUAUCAUGAUCAAGGCGGGCACCGUCUGGAUCAAUGGUCACAACAUGUUUGAUGCCGCGGCCGGUUUUGGCGGGUUCCGUGAGUCUGGCUUUGGUCGCGAUGGCGGCAAAGAAGGUCUCAUGGAGUACCUCAAGCCCAAGUGGCAAAAGCGCGUGCGCCAUGAGGUUGGUGCCCAGCUUUGCUCGCACUCGCCCCUCUAA